AUGAUGAACUGGGCGAAAAAGCAAAUGGCCAAUGCUACCGGCACGGCAGAGCCAAUUUACGGACCUUCUGCAAUUAUACCGGUUGGCAAGCAAGCAGAUACCACGCCUUACACAGAACUUUCGAGGGAAGAUAUGAAAUGGGUCGCUAUGGAUUCAACGAGCGUAGAGACUCAAACUUUCUAUAUUAUGGCUGAUAAUGGACAUAUUGCUAUGGCACAAAUCAUACAUAGUAAUGUCAUCUCGAAGCCUAAUCUAUGGAGCUCCAAUCAACUCAGUAACGUCGAAUUCAGCAAUGAUAAAACCUGCUACUACGCAGACGAUGUGGCUAUUGAUCUUUCUGAGGACGGCACUGAAUAUACCAUCAAAUCUAUGGCGAAUGAAGCAUCUAUUGUCAACCUUACAGUAACCCGAGUUGCUCCAGGCUUCCAUGUCGGGAAAGAUGGCAAAUCAUAUUAUGGAACAGAUCCAAAGGCUCCUUGGGGUUCAAUGCGGCAUGCAUUUUGGCCACGGACUAUCACCAAAGGAUCUAUUAUAACCAAAGAUGGGUCAAUAGACUUUAAGGGUAAAGCAUUAUUCAUACAUGCGCUCCAAGGAAUGAAACCACAUCAUGCUGCCGCCAAGUGGAAUUUUGUUAAUUAUCAAGGUCCACAAUUUUCGGCCAUAAUGAUGGAAUACACGACCCCUCCAGCAUAUGGUUCUACGGUUGUUAGCGUCGGUGGCAUAGUCAAGGACGGUGAAAUAAUAUGUGCUGGUGCAGGAAAUACUGCAAAGCAUACCAAGGUCAGGAAUGAUCAGAAUGCUGGCUGGCCAGAACCAGAGGCUGUCAAAUUCGAUUGGAAUGGGAAGACAAAAGAUGGCAAAUCUGUUUCUGGGUUGAUCGAGACUGACCUCGAGGAGAGGCUCGAUAGAGUUGAUGUUAUGGCUGAAGUACCUGGUUUUGUAAAGAAAAUCGUGGGCAAUGUAGCUGGAACAAGACCAUAUAUCUAUCAGUACUGCCCGCGUAACAAACCAACCACCUUGGUAUUGAAGAUUGGUGACGAAGAAAUCACAGAGGAAGGGACUCUAUAUACUGAAGCAACCUUCAUUUCUGAAUGA